CCAGCUGCCGCCCGCCGGCUCGCGAGUGCAGCCGCGAUGCCCCGGAGCCCGACCCCGGCCCGGGUCCCCGGCCCACCGCGUAUGUAGCCUCCGUGCGUCUCGAGCGCGCCACCGCCAACGCCGCGCCCCGACGCAGCGAUGGGCAACACUGUGCAUAGGACCCUGCCAGACUCGAGCCCGCCCGCGCGCCUCCUGGCCACCCGGCCUUGCUGCGGCCCCGGCCCGGAACGGCGCCCGGUCCUGGGCGAAGCGCCGCGCUUCCACGCGCAGGCCAAGGGCAAGAACGUGCGGCUGGACGGCCACUCGCGCCGGGCCACGCGGCGCAACAGCUUCUGCAACGGGGUCACGUUCACGCAGCGGCCCAUCCGGCUGUACGAGCAGGUGCGGCUGCGCCUGGUGGCCGUGCGCCCGGGCUGGAGCGGGGCGCUGCGCUUUGGCUUCACGGCGCACGACCCGUCGCUGAUGAGCGCCCAGGACAUCCCCAAGUACGCCUGUCCCGACCUGGUCACACGGCCCGGCUACUGGGCCAAGGCGCUGCCCGAGAACCUGGCGCUGCGCGACACGGUGCUGGCCUACUGGGCGGACCGCCACGGCCGCGUCUUCUACAGCGUCAAUGACGGCGAGCCGGUGCUCUUCCACUGCGGCGUGGCCGUGAGCGGCCCGCUCUGGGCGCUCAUCGACGUCUACGGCAUCACCGACGAGGUGCAGCUCCUCGAGAGCGGGUUCGCCGACACGCUGACGCCCGCGCGCCUCGGCCAGGCCCGCUUCAGCGCCUGCCCGCCGCCCAGCAGCCACGACGCGGCCAACUUCGACAACAACGAGCUGGAGAACAACCAGGUGGUGGCCAAGCUGGGCCACCUGGCGCUGGGCCGCGCCCCGGGCCCGCCGCCCGCCGACCGCGCAGCCGCCGCCAUCCCGUGCGGGCCCCGAGAGCGCGCACGGCCCUCGUCGUCGCCGGCGCUGCUCGAGGCCGACCUGCGCUUCCACGCGACGCGCGGGCCCGACGUGAGCCUGUCGCUCGACCGCAAGGUGGCCUGCGCGCCGCGGCCCGACGGCGGCCGCACGCUCGUGUUCUCCGAGCGCCCGCUGCGGCCCGGCGAGAGCCUCUUCGUGGAGGUGGGCCGUCCGGGGCUGGCGGCGCCCGGCGCGCUGGCCUUCGGCAUCACGUCGUGCGACCCGGGCGGCCUGCGGCCGGCCGAGCUGCCCGCCGACCCCUACGCGCUGCUCGACCGCAAGGAGUACUGGGUGGUGGCGCGCGCCGGGCCCGUGCCGAGCGGCGGGGACGCGCUCAGCUUCACGCUGCGGCCCGGCGGCGACGUGCUCCUGGGCGUCAACGGGCGCCCGCGCGGCCGCCUGCUGUGCGUCGACACCACGCAGGCGCUCUGGGCCUUCUUCGCCGUGAGCGGCGGCGCCGCCGGCCAGCUGCGCCUGCUCGGUACCCUGCAGUCCAGCCCUGCGACCACAUCUCCAUCAGGGUCCCUCAGUGGCUCCCAGGAUGAUAGCGAUUCCGACAUGGCCUUCAGUGUCAACCAGUCCUCCUCGGCAUCCGAGUCAUCCCUGGUAACGGCCCCCAGCUCCCCGCUGAGCCCACCAGUGUCCCCUGUGUUCUCUUCCCCGGAGCUGGCAGGCAGCAAGAACGGCGAAUGCACAGUGUGCUUUGAUGGCGAAGUGGACACGGUCAUCUACACGUGUGGACACAUGUGCCUGUGUCACGGCUGCGGCCUGCGGCUCAAGAGGCAGGCCCGGGCCUGCUGCCCUAUCUGCCGGCGGCCCAUCAAGGACGUCAUUAAGAUCUACAGGCCAUAGCCUGGCCCGCUGAUGGGCCUUGACCAGAGCAAGGUCACCUUUCUGAAGCCCCACCCUGGGCCAGGCAAUCACCAUGGCCGCCAGGGAGUCCAAGGGCAGCAGCCAUCUCACCUACCACUCUCUGGUGGUGGGCAAGGCGUGACAGUCGUGGACGCGAGGCCCCCAGGAGUCUGAGUCCAAGUGAGGGUUGCUUCUGGCUCGAAAGUGCUUUGCCCCCAAAAGGCCGUCCCAAGAGCAAGCUCAGGAACUGCCUGGCAGACCGCCCCGGCCCCCGAUGACCUCUCAGCUGGGAAAUGGCAUCCUCUGUGCAAUGCCUUUUGCUGGGGUUGGGUUGAGUGUACGUGAGAGAGGGGGAGGGGCGGGAGGGAGACAGACCAGAGACGGGGAGUGUGUGAGAAUGACCGAGAGAGAGAACCUAUAGGUAUUUAUCCAGGGACCCUGGCUCUAGGAGGUUAUUUAACACUAAGGAACGUGCAAUCCGGAGCCCAGAUGGUAGCAAACUAGAAAUUGUUCCCUUUCUGGGGCUGUGAUGUCAGCUGGUUUUGAAUGUACAAAGCCUGCACCUAAACAGAACUCCUUCAGAUGGUAUAGAAAAGGGAGGCUCAGAUUUUCUAAGGCGAGGAAAAAAUAGCUCAUUGUUUACAGCUCCAAAGUGGCAACUCCUUGGUGUUGGGGGGUGGGGGGGGUAGGUGGGCGGAGAACAUAAAAGAACAAUUUGCUUUUUUAGUUUCUAACACUUGGAGAGGAGUUUUGACCGGGUGCUGGGGCUAGAGCUCUGUCUUCCCCAGAAGCCCUGUCACCCCUUCACCCCCACACCACCCCUUGACUCUGUCCCCAGAUGCUUUUAAUCUGUACCACCCUCGCUGUCUCCAAGGAGAAGACAAGCAACAGGUUCCCUUUUCCUGGGCGAGGGAAAGAAUCCUGGCUGCUGGUGAGCCACCUGGGGUUGGAAAGGGCCACUCCGCAACUCUCCACAUUUCCUGCUGAAAUACCAGGCCUGGCAUUCUCCAGAGGCCGUGGGCAUCACCAGGUUGACCUGCUGGCCAAGUAGGGGAAGGAAGCAGGGCUUUGCAACCAGUCUUUGUGCUGAUUCUCAGCUUAUCUUCCCCUGCUGAUUGCCAAGAGGUUAACUGACCAUUAGGUUGUUAACUAGGAACUGAGACACUCCCUGAAAAUGCUGACAGUGGGCCUCUCCCCCUCCCCAGGGUUAUUUGCUGGGCAUUUCCUGGGACCCUGGCCCUGCCCCAACCCCCUCCCCCCUCCUCCCUGCCUGGGCCCAUCUCCGCUGACUCCCAGACCACACCUGGGCUGAUGGGCUGACAGGCGGGCAAUUCUCUUCUGGGCCCCACCUCUGCCCUGUCUUGUGCUGUACUUUUAGGGAGGUCCCUGGGUCUCUCUGUUUCUCAGUUCCCAAUCUGUCCAAGCGGAAACCUAGUACCUGCCCACUCCAGAGCUCUUGGCAGGACUGCCACAUUUUAAAAGGCCUGAGACACCUUGCAAAGAGCAGGUAUUGUUUUUAUUCCAAUUCCCAAUCUGUUCAUCUGUUGAGGGAGGCAGGGAAAGGAGGGCUUUCAGAGUUUAUGCCUUCAUAUAACAAACAUUCGCUGGGUGUUUGGGGUCCCCUUGUCAGAUCAAGUCCCAUAAGGCCAUCAGUCUGAGUCCUUGUGGUGCUCCAGGUCUUGGACCAUCUGCUUCGUCUCUGCCUGGUAUACUGACCUGAUCUCAACUUCAGAAACCCUACUCUUGCCCCUGCAAGAAUCCCUGAUGGGUUCUUUUUCCCUUGUGAACUUGGGAAACAUGCCCAGAUUUUAAUUCUGCAGCAGAAUCUUUAGGGGGGCAACUGGCACCCCAGCAUUUGCCAAGAUAAGAGUUUGCAAACCUAGGCCUAGCUGAAUUCGGUCAGCUGGAGCCUUCCAUUUCCUCCAUGUGCUGGGUGUGGGCAAGGCCACGCACGGGCCCCCUGUAAGAGGGCUCGUUACCCCCCAGAACCGUGGUUCUCCAGGCAGGGGCUCCCCUGGCUGGAUUGAGCCGCAGUGACAAGCCCCGGUGGUCUCGGAGGCCUGGGGGAGCCAGCUCCUCUCUCUUGUCCCCUUGGAUUCCAGCCAGGGUCAGUGCAAUCACUGCCAGGAAUCCAGGGACCAAGGGCCUGGACCCAGGGUGGACCAGGCCAUGCGCCUGGCGACCUAUAACCUGGGAAGGAAGGAGCUGGUGGCCUGUUUAACUUGCUCUGCAGCUGCUAUAAAUAGCCUCCCUGUUUCUAAGAGGAAUUAAGGGGUGUUUAUCUUCUAAAAACCAGACAUUUCCUGAUGCUCUAAACUGAUUUAUUCAGCACUGCAGAGGAGCUGCCCACACCGCCCUCUAGGUUCUGUCUGGAGAAGGGGCAGGAGGAGGAGAGAAGGGAACCACUCUCCUUUAUUUGGCAUCACUGUGUGCCUGGCACCGGGCUGGAGAGGUGCGUCCCAUGUCAAUCCUGUGAGGUAGGUCUUAGUACCAUAUUGAGUCAUAUCAAGGACACUACUGAUUACAAAACACACCAUUCUGUGUACCACUAAGGGAAAAACACUGCCAAUUUUAACUGUAAGAUGCCACGGCUAUACAAUUCAUUUUAUUCGGACAUGUUAUGCCGAAAAGCUGUGCUCCUUAGAAUCGAUGAAAUAUGAUAUUAUCCCCAUUUGGCAAGUAAGAGAACUAAGGUCCUGGAAGUGAAGCAGGAGAUAGCAGGCCUGGGUUUCAAACCCAGCAGUGCCUGGUGCCGAAUCCCACGCUCUCCAUUGCCUGGCCCUGAGCCCAGAAAGCUUGAGACUGCUUGAGUUUUCCUCCUGGAAGCUCACCUAGGCAGCCCCUGGAGAGAGCUGGGCACCCAUCCCCGUGUGAGGGUUGCAAGCCCCAGACUGCAGCCCCUCUGCUGCCCGGACGCUUGGAGGACAAGUGUCCUUGCUUUCAGGCUCAUCUACCCACUGCCCACCUUCUCCAGGCGGAGUUGAGCCGUGUGCAAGCUUGGGUCCAACCCGAGGGACCCAAGGGACCCCGGGUAGCUGGAAAUCAACCCCGAGGGACCCUGUUACAUGGGGGCGCCCGUCAGGGGCAACUUUGGGGAGAGGCUUGUCCCACCACCCUCUUAAGUAGGGCCCCCAGGGGGUGGACAGGGAGACCAGAGGAUGCCUCAGUUGUUGUGGUCUGGUGUCUGUUUAUUCUGAACCCCGGAGAAUCUGGGCUGUUUCCAAGUCAAGACAAACUCCUUUUCUAGCCCAUUUUCAGAACUGGGAAUCUUCUGGGAUUUAACUACCCACGGCAGCUGCUCCCCUAAGUAUAGCAGCACUUUUUCAGUUGUCCGACAACCACUGGGCAACAUGGCUUGUGUUGUGGACACAGGGAUGGGAACUGGGUCUGAAGACAAGGGCUGUAGGGAGCUUGUGAUCCAGAGCAGGAGAUAGGCAGAUUUGUGAACUUGUAUUUGACCCAUGCAGUGCUGGGUCUUGUUUAUACUAGGUAAAUCAGAGAUCAGGUCAUGAGGGUUCAGGGGUGUGGUAAAACACGAUGUAUACAGGCACACAAAGUCAUUCAACAAACAUCUGCUGAGUGCCUACUAGGUGGGGGGUGCCGGGAGGAUGGUGCCGGGAGGACAGGGCCCCAGCUCUGAUGUCAGGGUAAGUGAGAUUAUGAGACAUUUGGGGCAGAGUCCAUGCAUGGGCUUUCUUGGCCAUUCUGUUGCCUGGAGGGUCUGUCUUAGUACACAACUGCUUUCCAGACCCAGAGGCCCCUGCACACUUCAAAAAGCCUCUGCAUUAGGAAUGCCGGGCGACUUGUAGUCAGUGAGCUGCUGCCGAAAUGGCCUUGGGCGGAACCCUCAAGGGCCCCACCAACCCAUGAUCGCCUUCAGGUCUUGCCAGGGAGACGUGGGGAGAUGGCUACCUGCUACUUUCAGGCCUUGGGACUGGUGGCUGGAAAUCAACCCCCAUGUUGCCAGAGAACCCCCAGUCCGUUCCAGUUAAGAAUAGGGUUGUGCAAGUUCUUGGGGAAUGAGAGGCAGUCACCUUCCGCUGCUCAGUCCUGUCUCUGCCCCAGUUCUGGCAGGGGGACUCCGGCUCAGGAACACGUGGCCUCCUGGCAUCUCUCGGUAUUUAAUUGUCUCACCGUCUUUCUCAAGUCCCUAGUGAGAUGACUUGUACAACAAUCUGUCUGUGCCUUAUGAAAGUGUCUGUGCACUUUUAAUCCUUUUUAAAAGCAACUUUAGAAAGCGGGCCGGGGACUGGCAUAUGUGGUAGCGCGCUAGGACUCUGUGAUAAUCACGGAAGCCCUUCUGCACUGUGUAUUUGAUGCUGGAGUGAAGGUGUGUACGUCCCCCACCCCACCCCCACUACCUGUGUACAGACCUUUUAAAAAAUGCCUCUUUGCUUAUUUUUCUGAUUCAAUACUGUGACCUCUCCAGUACAGUCUAAUCUUUGGGGAUCUGUAAUAAAGGUUUCAGAACCUGGGGGGAAGUGGGUUGGGAAGGGUUUGCACUGGUCCUGUGUGUUGUGCUUUUGCGUGUUGUGUGUUUUGAUUUUUGUCUGUUUUUAUCCGUUUUAUAUUAACAUAAUUUUCCUGUUUAAAAAGACAAAUACAAUUUUGGCUUGUUAAAAAAAAGAAAGUCUCUUCAGGACUCGGUUUUAAAAAUCGCAGUUGCCAGCACUGUUGGGGAGCAGAGGUGAGGGAUACAGACUAUUGCCAGCCUUCAGGAAACAAUUUGCAAAAUGUCUAUGGAAUCCUGAGAAUAUUCAAACCUUUUGCCAACUAACUCCUGAGAAGAUAUCCCUUGGGAAUAAUUCUUAUUGAAGAUAAGCUCUAUAUGUAAAGAUGUUCAUUGCAGCAUUAUUUAUAGUAAUGAAAAACUAGAAGCAACCAUAAUGGCCAACAACCAGGGUUUCUAGAUGUCCCUCAUCAUCCUAUCGUCAGGGGAUUCGUUCCAGGACCACCCCGCCUUGGAGCAUCCACGGAUGCCCAAAUCCUUUAUGUAAGAUGGUGUCGUAUUUGCGUAUAACCCACGCACAUCCUUGCCUAUACUUUAAAUCAUCUCUAGAAUACUUAUAAUACCGAAUGCAAUGCAAAUACUAUGUAAAUAGUUGCCAGCGCAGCAAAUUUAAGUUUUGCUUUUCAGAAAUUUCUGCAAUUUCUUUUCAAAUAUUUUCCAUCUGAGUCUGGUUGAAUCCGCAGAUGCGGAGCCUGUGGAUACGGAGGGCCAACUGUACUUGCCAGAGCUCUUGGUUACAAGUGACAGAAACCCAACUGGAACUGGCUUUGGAGGAUUAAAAGGCUCAGAUAACUGAGAAGUCCAGUAUCAAAACCCAAGAGCUCACUUUGGGUGUAUUUCAAUCCAAAAUUGGAAAAGCUGCAAGAGGAUGUGGUCUCUCCCCAUUUGCCUCUGCUCUCUUUUGUCCCCCAUUCCCAGGCGGGUUCUCAAAACAGCUGGCAGCAGGUCCAGGUUACAUCCUGCCUUUGAGCAACCCCUGCGUGGACCAAACUGGAUCAUGUGCCCUUUCCUUAGCCAAUCAUGGAAGGCAGGGAGAUCCGAGGCUCUGAUUGGUCAGACCCAGGACAUGCACUCACCUCCACCCAAUAGCCACACCUGUCGAAUUAAGGGUUGAGGGGUGGGAAUCACAGACUCCAGGGGAAAAUUGGAGCAGUGAAGAAGGAAAGCUGGGCCGGGAGGAACAAGCGAUAUCUAAAAAAGGUUAAUAAAACAUGACACACCUACAUCCCCUAGGGGUAGUAUGGGCUGUGAAGCCAGACAGCCUGGUCCUCACCACCACAUUGGGCCAGACACUUUACCUCUUUGUGCCUCAGUUUCCUCAUCUGCAAAGCAAGAGUAAUAAGAGCUCCUGGUUUUAGGAUGGAUGUGAGUAUUAUUAAGAUCAUGCGGGUGUUGUGCUAGGCACAGCGUCUGACACUCAGCAAAGAGUUUGUAACACAGGAACAUGUUUACAUUAAGAUAUACUGGGAAAAUCAAGAUAUAAAACUGCACAUACAAAAAACAAAUGACCCAAUCAAAAAAUGGGGGUAAGAUCUAAAUAGACAUUUCUGCAAAGAAGACACACAGAUGGCCAAAAAGCACAUGAAAAGAUGCUCAAUCACUAAUUAUUAGAGACAUGCAAAUCAAAACUACAAUGAGGUAUCACCUCACAUGGGUCAGAAUGGCCAUCAUCAAAAAAUCUACAAACAGUAAAUGCUGGAGAGGGUGUGGAGAAAAGGGAACCCUCCUGCACUGUUGGUGGGAAUGUAAAUUGGUACAGCCACUAUGGAGAACAGUAUGGAGGUUCCAUAAAAAGCUAAAAAUAGAACUACCAUAUGACCCAGCAAUCCAAUUCCUUGGCAUAUACCCAGACAAAACUAUAAUUCAAAAAGAUACAUGCACCCCAAUGUUCAUUGCAGCACUACUUACAAUAGUCAGGACAUGGAAGCAACCUAAAUGUCCAUCAACAGAGGAAUGGAUAAAGAAGAUGUGGUACAUAUAUACAAUGGACUAUUACUCAGCCAUAAAAAAGAACAAAAUAAUGCCAUUUGCAGCAACACGGAUGGACCUAGAGAUUGUCAUACUGAGUGAAGUCAGACACAGACAAAUAUCGUAUGAUAUCACUCAUAUGUGGAAUCUUAAAGAAAGGGGGGGAGUACAGAUGAAUUUAUUUACAAAACUGAAGUAGAAUCAUAGAUGUAGAAAACAAGCUUAUGGUUAUCAGGGGACGGGGGGGAGAGGAGGAUAAACUGGGAGACCAGGACUGACAUAUACACACCACUAUAUAUAAAAUAGAUAACUGAUAAUAACCUGCUGUAUAGCACAGGGAACUCUACUCAAUACUCUGUAAUGGCCUAUAUGGGAAAAGAAUCUUAAAAAAAAAAAAAAAAGAGUGGGUAUAUGUAUGUGUGUAACUGACUCACUUUGCUGUACACCUGAAACUAACACAACAUUGUAAAUCAUCUAUACCUCAAUAAAAAUUAAACAAAACGAAAAAACCCUGCACAUACACUCUGAUCUCAUGGAUGUAAAACAAACAAACAAACAAAAACCACCAACAACCAAUAGCCCCAAAACCUGACCAUGCAUUGGAAUGACCAACAGGAAGGAAGCAAAAUGUCCACGGGUGUUGUGUCUAGGUGAUGGCAUUACUGAUAAAUUUUCCCCCCAUGUUUUCCAAUUUUUC